UUCACAUCUGAAAAAGAGGCGUACACACGUUCGUUUCUCUGAAUCACAGGUACACACGUUUGAGAAAUGAUCGUAAGAUCAAACGUAGGACGGUUUCCAUGCAACAUUUUAUAAAUGAGGCCCCUGUACUGCAUGAAGAACUGAAUAUGCAUGAACGACAUGACUGAUAUAUCAUCGGGUUACUAGUUGGUUACUCACUGUAGAGGCCUCGCGGUCGCAGUAGUUCACAGGCCCCUCUGACAUGGCGGACAGCGAAGACACCUUUCGGCUCCAAAACUCUCCCAGUGACACCGAUUCAAAAGAUUUACAAAACGAUAGUAAAUCAGACAAGCAGAAUGGAGCCGUUAGCAAAUCUCCGUCAUCACAGACAACAUACAUUCAACAGGGAAUGGAAGGGAUAAAAGUUUACUUACACGAGCGAGAGUUGUGGACAAAGUUUCAUGAAGUGGGAACUGAAAUGAUCAUCACCAAAGCAGGGAGGCGGAUGUUCCCAAGCUUCAAAGUGAAGGUCACCGUGUUGAACCCAAAAACCAAAUACAUUCUGCUGAUGGAUGUUGUGCCAGCGGACGACCACCGCUAUAAAUUCGCCGAUAACAAAUGGUCUGUGACAGGGAAAGCAGAACCUGCGAUGCCGGGAAGGCUGUACGUCCAUCCAGAUUCUCCAGCCACUGGAGCGCACUGGAUGCGGCAACUGGUGUCUUUCCAGAAGCUUAAAUUAACAAACAACCACCUUGAUCCCUUUGGACAUAUUAUCCUGAAUUCCAUGCAUAAAUAUCAACCGAGGAUCCACAUCGUAAAGGCAGAUGAGAAUAACGGAUUUGGAUCCAAAAACACCGCUUUCUGCACCCAUGUGUUCCCAGAAACGGCUUUCAUUGCAGUCACAUCUUACCAAAACCAUAAGAUCACCCAGCUGAAGAUUGAGAACAAUCCCUUUGCAAAGGGCUUUCGUGGAAGUGACGAUAUGGAGCUGCAUCGCAUGUCAAGAAUGCAGAGCACCAAGGAGUAUCCAGUGGUUCCUCGCAGUACUGUGCGUCAGCGGGUUGGCACCAGCCAGAGUCCAUUUGGCAGUGACGUGCAAGGUCUGUCUACUCCUAGCGCCAUGAGCUCUCAGUACUCGUGUGAGAAUGGGGUCACGAGCACAUCCCAGGAUCUGCUGCCUCAGUCAAGCUCUUACCCGCUGCCCCAUGAACACAGCCAAGACUAUCACUGCAUUAAGAGGAAAGUUGAGGACGACUGUCACACAGGAGAGCACUCAUUCAAGAAGACCUAUGUGGAAAGCUCAUCCAGUGAGGACGAUCACUACUAUCGACCCGUUAGCUACUCUCAGUCUCUGGGUCUUAACGGCGCCCCCUACAGGGCCGAGUCUGGCCAGCGGCAGGCUUGCAUGUAUGCCAGCGCAUCGCAAUCCACCGAGCCCAUGCCCAGCCUGGAAGACAUCAGCUGCAACACCUGGGCGGGCGUCUCACCUUACGGCGGCUGCUCGGUGACGACCAUGCAGCAGAUGGAGCGACUGCCCUACCAGCACUUCUCAGCUCACUUCACCUCAGGAACCCUCGUGUCCAGAUUGAGCGGCGUCGCAGGCCACGCCUCACCACAGGUGGGUGACACCCAUGCGAUGUACCAGGGUUCCAUGUCCCAUCAGUCGCUGGGCCGCCAGUGCAGUCCGAGUGCGGGAAUUCAGUCACCAACUGCCGGCCUGCAGGGCAACGAGUACUUGUACACUCAUAGUAUACCCCGCACCCUGUCCCCGCACCAGUACCACGCCGUACACAGUGUAAGCAUUAUGCCUGACUGGAAUGAGGGCAGCUAACUGGAUUCUCUCGAGCAGCAUAAGAGGCCCCAACAUGGAGGAGAGGCGCUUUUUUGCAUAUUUAUAUUUUUUAUAUCUAAGCUGCCUUUGAGAGCUUGUGGCAUAGGCAACUUGUGUCAUAAACAGUUUGAGGCUAGUUCAACUGGCUGAGGCAGCAAUGAAUGUCUCAGUGUUUGAGCAGGACAGUAACAUGAGACAUGCAUUUGCAAGAUACUGACUGUAUAUCAGGGACAAAGAACUUUUCCCUUUCAAUGCAAAGACAAAUGCACAAGGUUGCCAACAAAUUUAUUGACAAACCUUUUAUUAAAAAAAGAAAA